GAGCGUCCUGUGGAAGACUAGAAAAAGGGUUGGCUGGUAGGCUGCGUCGGAGACAUGGAGCCAGGCUACGGAGGGUAUGGGGCCUGGAGUGCUGGGCCUGCCAACACCCAGGGCACAUAUGGAAGCGGUGUGGCCAGCUGGCAAGGUUAUGACAACUACAAUUACUAUGGUGCCCAGAGCACCAACGUCACUGCAGGAGCAACAUACAGCUACGGCCCAUCUUCAUGGGAAGCCACCAAAGCCAGUGAUGGUGGCCUGGCAGCUGGGGGCCCUUCCAUGCACAUGGCCUCUUAUGGUCCAGAACCAUGCACCGACAAUUCUGACUCUCUCAUUGCCAAGAUCAACCAGCGCUUGGACAUGAUGUCCAAGGAAGGAGGCAGGGGCGGGAGCGGCAGCGGUGGGGAGGGCAUGCAGGACCGGGAGAGCUCCUUCCGCUUCCAGCCAUAUGAGUCGUAUGAUUCCAGGCCUUGCUUGCCCGAACAUAAUCCAUACCGCCCCAGCUACAACUAUGACUAUGACUUCGACCUGGGGACUGACCGCAAUGGCAGCUUUGGUGGGCAGUACAAUGACUGCCGGGACCCAGCCCGGGAGCGAGGGUCCCUCGAUGGCUUUAUGCGAGGCCGAGGCCAGAGUCAGGGCCCAGGUCCAGGCCCAGGCCCGGGCCGCUUCCAAGACCGGAGCAGUUCAAGCACUUUUAUGCGCAGUGACCCCUUCAUACCACCCUCAGCCUCCACUGAGCCCCUGUCCACUUCCUGGAAUGAGCUAAACUACAUGGGUGGACGAGGCUUGGGAGGCCCUUCCCCAAGCAGGCCACCCCCUUCCCUCUUCUCCCAGUCCAUGGCCCCUGACUAUGGCAUGAUGGGAAUGCAAGGGACUGGUGGAUAUGACAACACCAUGCCUUAUGGAUGUGGCCGAUCACAGGCUCGGAUAAGAGAUCGGACCAGAAGGAGAGGGUUUGAGCGCUUCGGACCAGACAGUAUGGGCAGGAAGCGGAAGCAGUUUCCAAUGUUUGAGGAACCAGAUGCCAAACUGACCCGUGCUGACAGCGAAGGCGAUUUUUCAGACAAUGAUGAUGGAGCUGGUGACUUCCGGUCAGGAGAUGAAGAAUUUCGGGGUGAGGAUGAAUUCUAUGACGCUGGGAAGCAGAGAGGAGAGAAGGAUGAGGAGGAUGAGGAAAUGAAGAAGAGGCGAGAAAAGCAAAGGAGGAGAGACAGGAUGCGGGACCGAGCAGCUGACAGGAUUCAGUUUGCCUGCUCUGUGUGCAAGUUCCGUAGCUUUGAAGAUGAAGAAAUCCAGAAACACCUGCAGAGCAAAUUUCACAAAGAGACGCUGCGAUUUAUAAGCACCAAACUGCCUGACAAGACGGUGGAGUUCCUCCAGGAGUACAUCAUAAACAGAAAUAAGAAGAUUGAGAAGCGACGUCAGGAGUUGAUGGAAAAGGAAAGCCCAAAACCAAAACCAGACCCUUUCAAAGGGAUUGGCCAGGAGCACUUCUUCAAGAAGAUUGAGGCUGCACACUGCCUGGCCUGUGACAUGCUGAUUCCUGCACAGCACCAGCUCCUCCAGCGGCACCUGCACUCCAUGGACCACAACCAUAACCGCAGGUUGGCUGCUGAGCAGUUCAAGAAAACAAGUCUCCACGUGGCUAAGAGUGUUCUGAAUAACAGACACAUAGUGAAGAUGCUGGAAAAAUACCUCAAGGGUGAGGACCCUUUCACCAAUGAAACAGUUGAUCCGGAAGUAGAAGGAGAUGAUAAUUUAGGUGAGGAAAAGGAAGAGACACCUGAGGAGGUGGCUGCAGCGGUCUUAACAGAAGUGAUUACAGCAGCUGUGAGGGCUGUAGAUGGGGAAGGAGCUACUGCUGGAGAGAGCAGUGAAGAGCUGGCCCAAGGGGAAGGCCCGGUGGACAUGGAAGGGGCCAGCAGUGACCUGUGCACUGAACAGCUGCUGAAAGAGCCAGUCUCCUGUGGAACAGCAUCUGAGGAGAACCCUGAAGCCAAGGCUGGAAGUGAGGCUGCUAAGGCCAAAAGUGAGGCAAUAACACUGGCAACGGGGGCAGAGAGCACCACAGUUGAAACUGCUCCUGUUCCAGAUGCCAUGGAAGCUGAAGUGGGACAAACUAAUGCAGAGUCCAAAGAUGAUAAGCCCAUGGAGUGAUCCUUCCCUGUUUCAAGGGAUGUGUUAGAUAAUGCAUUGCUCGCUCUUUGGUUUGUAAGCAGUACUAGGGUGUGUUAAUGGAAUAUGCUGUAAGCUAAUUCUGGUGAAGAGACUCAGCCAUCUCCCUUAGGAUCUUCUCUUGCACAGUUGCAUAGCUUCCCACCUUGGCUUGGAGGUUGCAGAGGUUGUACAUUCCCCUCAAGCAGCAGUGAUGUCUUUAGACAGCAGAUGGGAGUAAUAAAAUUUGGCUAAUUAGCUCUUGAUAUUUGGCUUGGAUGCUGCCUUUGUUUUUUCCCUUUAAUUUUUUUGUACUGGUUGAGAGCAGUUUCAACAUUAGGAAUGUAUCUUGCUUGAGGUUUUUUUUUGGUGGGGGGUUGGCACUUACU